UAAGGAAGGUGCAUUGGUUCUGCAUAAAAUAAAAGAUUCAAACGGUUUUCUUAAAUAACGAACGCCUAUGCCUUGUCUUCUCUCCUGAAAUAUUUGAACUCUCGGGCCAAAACGGAGAAAGCAAAACAACUCAGCGACGAUGACCAAAAAUUUUCUCUUCGUGAGCAUGUUUGCGUUUUGAGGAGCAGAGGAAAACGAGAAUUGUUUGGCUUUGUUGUCUAACGGAAAGGAAAACAAAUACUGCAACAGCAAUUUUCCUAAAUUGUUCCUGUUUUCAUCCUUUCCCUCCUUUUUCCGACUCUGAGAGGAGGUUUGUUCUCUGCAGAAACCUCCCUCUACCUUGCUCUUCCACCCUGUAACUUUUACCACUCAAAACCCGUGCAUCUCCUCGAUUUGGCAAAUGGGAUUUCAGAGUCUGUUUUGAAUCGAGGAGAUAAACCAAUUCUCACUAUUCCUUCUCGCCCUUGGAGCUUAUUCAUUUUAUUAUUUCUAUGCUGUGUCCGGAAUUCCUAGUUAAAGAACGGGACUAGCAUUUCGACGUUAAAUCUCUAAAGAGGCUUGUUCUAUUUUGAUGUCAUCGGCAAUGUACUGGUGGAAUUUUGAUACCAAGACAGAGAGAUGAAUGUUGAGUUGGCUACGAGAGUUUGAGACAGAAAUUUGGGAAUAUCCUUCUGUGAAAUUUUGGGGUUUUGGGAACCAAAAAAUGUUAUCGUCUACGCCUUCGGCGAUAGCGAGGAGCUCGCUAGAAGAAAUGCUUGAAUCAAUCCGGCGGAGAGGAGAAGAAGAGAAGCCCAAGGACUUGCCGCCAGCAUUGCCAGCUCGUCCGACGUCCAGAGCUCGGCUUCCCUCAGCCGGACGGUCGUUGCCGAAUAAAUUUAGGAUUGAAGGUGAUCAGAAUGCAACAACAGGCUCCAAGAAUAAUUCCAAUGCAAAGGCAAAAGAAGGGACCAAGAAGAAAGAAGGGGACGCGGGACAUAAGAGAAAAGGGAGUUUUGCGAGCAAGAAGAUGAAGCAAGACAUAGAAUCGCCUUACAUCGUGACAUCGGAAGAGAAUAUGAACCAACCAUCAUCAGAAGACGCUGUUUCAGUAUAUACUGCUUCCAUAGAGACAUCGGGGAAGAUUCAGGAAUUGGCUGGUGACGACAACGUUGCUUAUUACAUAAAAAAGAAACUACGUGUUUGGUGUAGGUCGCCAAGUGGACGGUGGGCUCUAGGACAGAUACAAUCAACUUCAGGAGAUGAAGCUUUUGUUUCGCUCUCAAACGGAGGCAAAAUGAAAGUGGCAAGAUCGGAGCUUUUACCAGCUAAUCCAGAUAUUUUAGAGGGUGUGGAUGAUCUUAUACAGCUUAGUUACUUAAAUGAGCCCUCAGUUCUUCAUAAUCUCCAGUUUAGAUAUUCUCAGGACAUGAUUUAUAAUAAAGCAGGACCCGUUUUAAUUGCACUCAACCCCUUCAAAGAGAUCCAGAUAUAUGGAAAUGAUUAUAUCUCAGCGUAUAGGCAGAAGACUAUGGAUAGUCCUCACGUUUAUGCUAUGGCAGAUGUGGCUUUUAAUGAGAUGAUGAGAGGUGAAGUAAACCAAUCCAUUAUUAUAAGUGGCGAAAGUGGAUCUGGUAAGACAGAGACAGCAAAAUUUGCUAUGCAAUACUUGGCAGUUCUAAGUGGCAGCAGUUGUGGGAUAGAAAAGGAAGUCCUUCAGACAAAUUGUAUACUAGAAGCUUUUGGGAAUGCGAAAACAUCUAGGAAUGACAACUCUAGCAGAUUUGGGAAGUUGAUUGAAAUUCAUUUCAGCGCCCUGGGGAGGAUGUGUGGGGCCAAAAUUCAAACCUUUCUGUUAGAAAAGUCAAGAGUUGUUCAACUGACCAAUGGUGAGAGGUCAUAUCAUAUCUUUUACCAACUUUGUGCUGGUUCUUCGCCUGAUAUUAAAGAGAGACUGAAUCUUAAAGCUGCUAGUGAAUAUAAAUAUCUCAGUCAAAGUGACUGCAUGACAAUUGAUGGUAUUGAUGAUGUUAAAAAGUUCCAUAAACUAAUGAAAGCACUGGAUGAUGUUCGAAUUUGCAAAGAGGAUCAAGAGCUAGUCUUCAAGAUGAUCGCUGCAAUACUAUGGCUAGGAAAUAUAUCAUUCAAAGUAACCGACAACGAAAAUCACAUUGAGGUUGUAGACGAUGAAGCUGUUACCAGUGCGGCCCUACUAAUGGGUUGCAGUUCCAAGGAUUUAAUGGUGACUUUAUCUACUCGAAAAAUCCAAGCUGGCAAAGAUAGUAUUGCCAAAAGGUUGACAUUGUGGCAGGCAACUGACACAAGGGAUGGAUUGGCAAAGUUCAUAUAUGCAAGCUUAUUUGACUGGCUUGUAGAACAAAUUAACAAGUCACUUGAAGUGGGUAAACGACGUACUGGGAGAUCCAUAAGUAUCCUUGAUAUCUAUGGGUUUGAAUCAUUCCAGAAAAACAGCUUCGAACAGUUUUGUAUAAAUUAUGCCAAUGAGAGGCUUCAACAACAUUUCAAUCGACAUCUGUUUAAACUUGAGCAGGAUGACUAUGAAUUGGACGGCGUUGAUUGGACAAAAGUGGAUUUUGAGGACAAUCAAGAGUGCUUGGAUCUUUUUGAGAAGAAGCCUCUGGGGCUGAUCUCUCUGUUGGAUGAGGAAUCAAAUUUCCCCAAGGCUACUGAUAUAACAUUUGCCAACAAACUUAGACAGUACUUGAACGCCAAUCCUUGUUUCAAAGGAGAAAGAGGCAGAGGUUUUUGUGUUCGUCACUAUGCAGGGGAGGUUUCUUAUGACACAAAUGGAUUUCUAGAAAAGAACAGAGAUCCACUGCCAUCAGAUUCCAUUCAACUCCUGUCAUCAUGCAAUUGUCAACUGCUGCAGUUGUUCUCCAAAAAGAUAGAUCAAUCUAAGCACUCAAAUUCCUCCCACGUAGGUGCACUGGGUUCACAAAAGCAGAGUGUAGGGACAACGUUCAAGGGCCAAUUGUUCAAGUUGAUGAAUCAGUUGGAGAGCACCACACCUCACUUUAUUCGCUGCAUAAAGCCAAAUACUAGGCACAGUGCUGGAAUAUAUGACGAGGACCUUGUCUUACAACAGCUCAUGUGUUGUGGAGUUUUGGAGAUUGUUAGAAUUUCAAGGGCUGGCUAUCCUACUCGAAUACUGCAUCAAGAGUUUGCCAGAAGGUAUGGGUUUUUUUUGCUUUCUGAGGCCAGUGCAUCCCAGGAUCCAUUAAGCAUCUCAGUUUCUGUUUUACAACAGUUUAAUAUCCCUCCUGAAAUGUACCAAGUUGGCUACACAAAACUGUAUCUUCGAGGAGGGCAGAUUGGUGUCUUGGAGGAUAGGAGGAAAAAGAUUAUAGUGAGAAUACUUCGGGUUCAAAAAUGGUUACGUGGUCAUCAAGCUCGCCGAAACUUCUAUGUCCUCAAGAACGGAGCAAUAGCUUUACAAUCCAUUGUUCGUCGUGAGAUUGCGAGAAAGACAUAUCAUGCCAUGAAGUCUGCAUCCAUUGCUUCUGAAAAGCUUCACCAGACCCAGGCAAUCACCCGUUUACAAUCUGUGAUCCGCGGGUGGUUGGUGCGAAGGCGUGCUAGCAGUGUCUUUCAUAAGUUGAAGAAAGAUGGUAAAAUUUCUAAACAUAAGCAAAAGUCACGUUCUAAGAUGACAGAAGUGAAGCAGGAUUUAUCUAAAGAUCAGGUUCAGAAUCUGCCUUCAACUUUAGAACUCCAGAACCAGGUUGUCAAGGCUGAAACAACUCUGAAGCAGAAGGAAGAGGAAAAUACUGCAUUGAGGGAACAAUUAAAACAGUUUGAGACAAGGUGGAUUGAGUAUGAGAUGAAGAUGAAAUCGAUGGAACAGAUGUGGCAAAAACAGAUGGCAUCUUUGCAAAAGAGUCUUUCGGUGGCUAGGAGGAGCCUUGCAGCUGAGAACUCCACUGAUCAACCUGGAAGAUAUGAUGCUAUGUCACCUUGCUUCUAUGACUCUGAAGAUGCUACUUCCAUGGAAUCUAGAACACCCGCGGGCAGCACACCUAUCAAGUUUCCUAGCACUCCAUUUGAGAAUGGAGCAGGGAGAAAUGCCAAUGAUACUUUCAACGCUGUCAGCAAUCUCAUGAAAGAAUUUGAGCAGCGGAGACAGAUUUUUGACGACGAUGCCAAAGCUCUACUUGCAGUUAAAUUAGGGCGCCCUGCUCACAUGAAUCCCAACGAAGAACUUCGGCAGCUUAAACGCCGAUUUGAAGGAUGGAAGAAAGAAUACAAGGGAAGAUUACGGGAAACAAAAGCCAGGCUUUGUAAGACAGGGAGUCCAGAAGCCGAAAUUAGUUGUCAAAAGUGGUGGGGGAAGAUAAGUUCAAGAGGACUAUAGCAUACAUUAUGCAAAUUCUCUUUGCUCAAGCACAGAAAAGCUGAAGGCAACAACGGGAAAAGGAAUAGUUUCAUGGACUGUGUUCACGCCUUUCAGGAGCUUUCUCUUCCUUGUAUCUUGAGAUGAAAAUAUAAUUGGCAUUUCCACAGGACAAGUUGGUGGAGGCAAAGAAAUUGUAAAUUUAGCAGCUUUUCAUUUACACGGUGGAGGCAUUACAGGUUGUGCACAGUUGUAGGCUUAUAGGACUGCGUAGUGUAUUGAGUAGUCUAGCGCAUGUGCUGUUGUCUAUGAUGUUUAUGUGAUUCACAGUCCCGAAGAUAACAAGCAUUUGACAUCUUCUUGAGGUAAAAAGAAACCAUAUUUUUA